AUGGUUCGGCUUGCCACAUUAUCAGAAGAACCCAUCAACGACGAAGAAGAUGGAAGUGGAACCACCAACACCUCAAAGAAAUGGCGCAACUGGUUCAAGUCUCACUUCUUCAACAAAAAGCCUAACCUCAAGAUCCUCCUCAGUGUUCUAGCUUGCCCUCUCUUCCCUGUUCCUCCCCACCCCAAAUCACCCAUCAAUGAGGUGUCAUCGUCGGCUCAGUAUAUUAUCCAACACUUCACGGCGGCGACAGGGUGCCGGAAGUUGGAGGGGACGGUGAAGAGUGUGUUCGCGACGGGGAAGGUGGCAAUGGGGGUGGUGGAUGAGUUUGGAGGAGUAGUCUCGGAGAGAGGGUGCUUUGUGAUGUGGCAAAUGUUUCCUGACAAGUGGCAGAUUGAGCUGGUUGUGGCUGGUCACAAGGUUGCGGCUGGUAGUGAUGGCACCGUCGCUUGGCGCCAUACCCCUUGGCUCGGUGCUCACGCCGCUAAAGGUGGCGUGCGCCCUCUUCGUCGCGCUGUUCAGGGACUAGACCCUUUGGCAGUAUCUGGUGUGUUCAGUGCUGCGCAAUAUAUGGGAGAAAAGCAAAUCUCAGGCAUUGAUUGUUUUGUGUUAAAGCUAUCAGCUGAUCAGAAAGACCUGGUUGACCGGAGUGAUAACACUGCUGAGAUGAUCAAGCAUGUUACAUUUGGUUACUUUAGCCAAAGAAAUGGGCUAUUAGUGUACCUAGAAGAUUCUUCCCUGACCAGGAUUCAAUCACCUGGGACACACCCCACGUACUGGGAGACCACUAUGUCAACCAAAAUUGAUGAUUAUCGUAUGGUGGAUGGUGUGAGGAUUGCACAUGCUGGAAGAUCAACGGUCUUUAUCACACGUUUUGGGGAUAAUCUAAAGGCAGGCUCUGCCAUCACACGGUUGGAAGAAUCGUGGACCAUUGAUGAUGUUGCAUUCAACGCCCCAGGAUUAUCCAUGGACUACUUCAUACCACCCAAGGAACUCCAGAAAGACUAUCCACAGGAACAUCUAGAUUGGAAGUCACCCUUGCAUACAUGAUGUGAAACCUUUUACCCUUUUGUUUUUCUUUUU